AAAAAAGUCUUAGCGACCUGGAGAUUGUCCACGUUUACAGCCCUGCUCCACAUCCGCAGCCCUCUGCGUGGAAAAACGCACUCCCCGCACGCAGGCCCUCCGAUCGCCUUCUUUUCUUUUCAAUUCGGCCUGAUGUCCAUUUUUCUGCUGCUGUCGCAUCACUUUCAAGUAAUUUGUGUCAGAAUGCUUCCCCUUUGUGUUGUCUUCUCUGUUCUGGCUGCGUGGUUUUCUGUGGAGUGUAAUCCCAGUCCCGUGUUGGGAGACGUUGUCGUGGACAGAUACCAGAUCCCCCAAGACUGCGCGAGGGAGGCGAAAACUGGAGACUACGUCCGCUACCAUUACAACGCCACGUUCACCGACGGGAAGGCGCUGGACUCGAGCUAUGAGAAAGGAGCAGCCAAAGUCGGCCUGAUCGGGGAGGGUCGGCUCAUCGCCGGCGUGGAUAAAGGCCUGCAGGGGAUGUGCGUGAACGAGCGCAGGAAAAUCACCAUCCCGCCACACCUGGCUUACGGGAGCAGCGGGGCAGGUGAUGCGGUGCCUCCAGACGCCACGCUGGUGUUCGACAUCCACCUCCUGGAUCUGUGGAACAAGGCCGACCUGGUCGUCACCAGAACCGUCAGCACGCCCAAAGACUGCAAACGCUCCGUGAUGCGCACAGACUUUGUGCGUUACCACUUCAACGGCACUUUGCUGGACGGGACCGCCUUCGACUCCAGCUACAACAGGAAGCAGACCUACAACUCACUGGUGGGCGAGGGCUGGCUGGUGAAGGGCAUGGACGAGGGCCUGCUGGGCAUGUGUGUGGGGGAGGUCAGGCACAUCGUGAUCCCACCGUUCAAAGCGUACGGAGAAAAGGGAUCUGGAACCAUGAUUCCCCCUCAGGCAACGCUGGUGUUUGACGUCCUAUUGGAGGACAUUCACAACCCGAAGGAUAACAUCACCAUCGAGAGCCAGGAGGCUCCUGAGCCCUGCACCCGCAAGUCUGUGGUGGGGGACUACAUUCGGUACCACUACAAUGGUACCUUCCUGAACGGGGUGACCUUUGACACCAGCUACCAGAGGAACAGCACAUACAACACCUACAUCGGGAUGGGCUACGUGAUCCCAGGAAUGGACCAGGGCCUCCUGGGGAUCUGCCUAGGGGAGAGGAGGAGGGUCGUCAUUCCUCCUCACCUGGCUUAUGGAGAACAAGGAGCGGGUGACGUGAUCCCUCCGUCAGCCGUCCUGGUCUUUGACGUCCACGUCAUCGACUUCCACAACCCAAGCGACAAAGUGGAGAUCGAGGUAACCUACAAACCGGAAGUGUGCAACGACACUACGACUCUGAACGACCUGGUCCGCUACCAUUACAACUGCACUCUGCUGGACGGGACUCUGCUCUUUUCCUCGCACGACUAUGAGAACAUGCAAGACGCAGUUCUGGGCCAGGACAAGGUGAUCGAUGGGCUGGAUGAAGGCUUGAGGGGCAUGUGUGUGGGAGAGAAGAGGAGGAUUAUAGUGCCGCCUCACCUCGGACAUGGAGAGAAAGGAGCUGCUGGUGUACCAAGCAGUGCCGUUCUGGUCUUCAGCAUUGAAAUGGUGAGCUUUGAGCGUGGUGUCCCGCCCGGUUACCUGUUUGUGUGGCUUGAGGACACUCCAGCAGAUCUGUUUGAAACUAUGGAUAUGAACAAGAAUGGAGAGGUGCCACUGGAUGAGUUCACAGAGUUUAUCAAGCUCCAGGUUGCAGGAGGAAAAGGCCGGAUAAAGCCGGGAAUGACCAUGGAGCAGAUCGUCGCCGACAUGUUUCAGAACCAGGACCGCAACAAAGACGCCGUGAUCACUGCCAGCGAGCUCAAACUAAAAGUCGACGAGGACAAGGAACGGGAGCAGGCGAGGCAUGAGGAGUUGUGAGGAGGGAAAAAAAAAAGUUUGGUUUUCUCUCAGGGAUGAAAAACAAAACAAAAGAAGCCACAGCUCAUACACAGCGUCAGUUUAUUUACAGUAUUUGAUCUCUGAGAAAAGACGUUGGGAAACAAUUUCUUGUGGAGGAUUUUGAGGUUUCUGAAAAUAGUGCAAACACCUUUUUGUCCCUGAAUGUUGUAAUAAAAAAGUGUUUGUAAAAA